AGAUGCAGAGGAGGAAGCACAAACAGCCUGACAUAGGAAACCACAGAGUCCGCUUCCUGUAAACACGUUUUACAGACCGACAGGCUGAUAAACACACAUGCAGACAGACAGACAGACAGACAGACAGACUGAUCCGUGUGUGACAUGAACAAAGAGCAGCUUUAAUAAUCUAACCUCCAUCUCCUAGUAGACCCCCUGCUCCCUCUCUGAGUGACCGGACAGUGAGCAUCCCUCCGGCUGGUGAUGGAGAAGCACGCCGGAGCUCCCGGGGGGUCGGAUGGAGCAGGGCCGAACAGAAAGCUGUGGGGCUCACCGACCUCCGGAGCAGCAGCCGGAGAAACCCCGGAAAGUCCAUCAGGUUCUCAUGUGGAGUGGUGUAAACAGCUGAUCGCAGCAACAAUCUCCAGUCAGAUCUCAGUAACACCUGAACACAGCAUCAGAGACGGCAAGGUCGGGAGGAGACAGGACUUCAUGGUGUCCAGGAGGAUCAAUCCUCAGCAGGACUCUCUGGAUGAGGGGCUUUGUUACCAUGGAGACGGUGACUCUGAGCAUCCUGCCAAUGCUUCGAACCUCCCCGCUCUGAGGUACGGAGCUCAGGGGAAAAUGUUCCAGAACCAGAUUCCUCUGCUGCCAGGAGAGAGCAUCCAGACCACAGUGAAGGAUGUGAUGUAUAUCUGUCCGUUCAGCGGGUUGGUCAACGGCACUCUGACCAUCACAGACUACAAACUCUACUUCAGCGGCACAGACCGGGAGUUUGUUCUGGACGUGAAUCUUGGUGUGAUCAGCAGACAGGAAACCAUCAGCGUCCCAAACCAGGGCGAGAACACCAAGGGACUGGAGCUGGUCUGCAAGGACAUGAGGAGUCCGAGGUUCGCCUAUAAGACGGAGGAGGACCAUCCAGACGUGGUGGAGCUGAUCUCCAAACACGCUUUCCCCCUCUCUCAUAACCUGCCUCUGUUCGCCUUCCUCUACAAAGAACUGUUUCCUGUGGACGGCUGGAAGGUCUACGACCCCGCAGCAGAGUACAGACGACAGGGUCUCCCCAACGAGAGCUGGACCAUCAGUAAAGUGAACAGCAGCUACGAGCUGUGUGACACCUACCCCUCCACCCUCGUCAUCCCCACCAAUAUCAGCGAUGAUGACAUCAGACGAGUCGCUGCCUUCAGAGUCAAACACAGGAUACCGGUCUUGUCGUGGAUCCACCCGGAGACUCAGGCCACCAUCGUGCGCUGCAGCCAGCCAUUAGUCGGCCCAUCAGACCGCCGCUGUAAAGAGGAUGAACGCUUCCUGCAGAUCAUCAUGGACGCCAACGCUCAGUCGCACAAACUCAGCAUCUUCGACGCCCGGCAGGGCAGCGUGGCGCUCACCAACAAGGCGAAGGACGGCGGCUUCGAGAGCGAGAGUUUCUACACGAACGUAGAGCUGAACUUCUUAGAGAUCCCGAACAUCCACGUGAUCCGAGAGUCUCUGAGGAAGGUGAAGGACGCCGUUUACCCGACCAUCGACGAAGCUCACUGGCACUCCAACAUCCACCAGACGCACUGGCUCGAGUACAUCCGGCUGCUGCUAGCCGGAGCGGCCAAGGUGGCAGAUAAGCUGGAGUCGGGGAAGACGUCGGUGGUGGUUCACUGCAGCGACGGCUGGGACAGGACAGCUCAGCUCACCUCUCUGAGCAUGCUCAUGUUGGACAGCUUCUACCGCACGCUGCCAGGGUUUCAGGUGCUGCUGGAGAAGGAGUGGAUCAGCUUCGGACACAAGUUCUCCGCUCGUGUGGGUCACGGGGAUGAGAAUCACGCGAACUCUGAGCGCUCGCCGCUCUUCGUCCAGUUCAUCGACUGUGUGUGGCAGAUGACUCGGCAGUUCCCAGCAGCCUUUGAGUUUAACGAGCUGUUCCUGAUCACCGUGCUGGAUCACCUGUACAGCUGUCUGUUUGGUACAUUCCUCUAUAACAGCGAGCAGGAGAGGGCGGCCAAGGAGGUCCAGACCCGCACAGUGUCCCUGUGGUCCUACAUUAACAGUCAAAAGGAGGACUUCACUAACCCGUUCUACGUGGACUAUCAGAACCACGUCCUGUACCCGAUGGUGUCCUCCAGACAUCUGGAGCUGUGGAGCAGCUACUACGCUCGCUGGAACCCUCGCAUGAGACCACAGGUGCCGGUGCAUCAGAGCCUGAAGGAGCUUCUUACCCUCCGGGCAGAGCUACAGAGGAGGGUGGAGGAGCUGCAGAGAGAGGCCUCUUCUUCACACUCCCUGUCCUCCUCCUCCUCACACUCCCCCUCCCCCACACACACCACAGGGACACCUGUGCACUCCGCUGUCUGACACACACACACACACACACACACACACACACACACACACACACACACACACACACACACACACACACACACAAAGCUUAAUCAUAGACUGCGUCUAUGAUAUUUAAACAGGUUAUAACAGUGUUUACCACCAGAGGGCGCUCUCUCUGGUUUUAUAUAAACUUUGUUCACAUAUUUCUAGUGAAGUUAAAAUAUUUGAAGACAUUUUAAAGUCUUAAGAAGCAGCAGCCCGAUUUGACCUGCAGCCACCUGUGAUUAUUAUUUAUAACAGACAGCUCACCUGUGCUGCCACUUUGACACACCUUUAGAUCUAACGUGUCGAUGUUGUUGUUUUAAUGGAGGAUAGUUUAAUAGUGUCUGUCUCAGGGACGUGUUACAAUCUGCAUGUUUUAUACUCACUGACAAGUUAUUUCAUCUCUUUAUUUCCUCCCGUCUCUCCUGUGUCUCUCCUGUGUCUCACCUGUGUCUCUCCCGUGUCUCACCUGUGUCUCACCUGUGUCUCUUCUGUGUCUCUCCUGUGUCUCUCCUGUGUCUCUCCCGUGUCUCUUCUGUGUCUCUCCUGUGUCUCUCCUGUGUCUCACCUGUGUCUCUCCCGUGUCUCACCUGUGACUCACCUGCGUCUCUUCUGUGUCUCACCUGCGUCUCACCUGUGUCUCUUCUGUGUCUCACCUGCGUCUCACCUGUGUCUCUCCCGUGUCUCACCUGUGUCUGUCCUGUUUCUCACCUCCUCACCCUGACACAGGUGUGCUAUCUCACUGUGACUCUGCCCUUUCUCUUCAUGUUUACUGAUACAUGACUGUGAUAUGUUUUUUUUCACCUCCUCGUCGUUGCCUUUUCAUUCCACUUCUUCUUCUUCUCUGUUUUUAAACGUUGAUAAUCCGUGUCCGUCAGGUUGUGACUGAAGGUCUCGGUGUUCGUGAAGCUGUGAGGACGUUCCCUUUUAAAUCCUAAUAAAUUUAACAAUCAGAGAGUCUAAAAUAUUAAAUACAACUCAAAGUUUAUCUUUUAUAAUGGGAUGUAAUAAAUGUUGUUUAAUGGAAGAUUUUAAAGAUGGCGUCUGAAAUGAUCGUCUGUCAGAACCAGACUGUAAUCCGGAUCAGAACAACCCAGAUUCAAAAUCCUGGAUCAGGAUCUGCUGAUCCGGUUCACUCUGAAAGAGACUGAACUGUGUCCACAGGGGGACGCUCACAGCUGCUUUAAAUUAAUGAUUUCAUGAUUACUUCAUCUGCUCGGUCGUCAUGGAGAUCUAACAACAGUCAUUAUAAACAAAGUUUCACUUACAAAUGUUUUACUGACCUUUAGUUUCCGGUGAUCUGGACUCUGCUGAGAUCCUCCAGAUAUUUCAGAUCAAACACAAACUGGACGUCUGAUUCAAACUUACUUAGAGUCUGUCUUUGUUUGGACCAAUCAGACAUCAGGAUGUCAUCAGCUGACUCUGAAACAUCUGUUCCUGAUGAUGAACUUGAUCUUCCUUGUGUUGUCCUGCUUUAGUUCAGUGUUUUUUACAGUGUAAUAUUAAUUCACUCUGACUC